AGACAUCGUGAGAGUGCUGUGACGCAAUUGUGUCCGAUAGUUUUGUUAUAUAUGGGAAAAUAUAUAAUUUCAUGUAGAUAAUGGUAGAAAGUUAGUUCGGUUCGAAUCGUCGUGGUGAUUCCAUCCGGCAGUCCAAGAACUCAAUUUUACAGUGUUCCAUCUUCUCGUCAGUGGAUUUUUGAUUGCCUGACAACUUGGCGAAAAUUUAUAGAAAAUGGCUGCCUUCGAAAUCCUUUGCGGAUUUAUCGCGCUUUUACUUGCUUUUUACUAUUACCUACUAAAGCCUUUUAAGUAUUGGGAGAAGUGCGGAAUACCUGGACCCAAGCCACUACUGUUCUUUGGAAAUUUUUUUCCCGUAAUGUUUGGGAUAACAUCCAUAGGUGAUCGAAUGCAUUCUUUUUACAAAAAAUACAAAAACGAGCCUGUGUUUGGGUUGUUCAUACGAACGCAACGUGUCCUGGCUAUAAACGAUCCUGAUUUAAUCAAGACUGUUCUCAUCAAGGAUUUUUCCAAAUUCUCUAAUCGUGGCCUUGCUGUGAACGAAGUGGCAGAACCACUUUCUCAACAUUUGUUUUCCUUGGAACCAGAAAGAUGGCGACCAUUAAGAACAAGACUAUCACCAACCUUCACAUCGGGCAAGCUAAAAGACAUGUUUUCUCUGAUCGUUGAAUGUUCCAACAGUCUGGAGAAAUAUUUGGAAUUAUUGACAUCGAAAGGAAACUAUAUCGAAGUACGAGAACUGACUGCCAGAUUUACCACCGACGUAAUUGGCAGUUGCGCCUUCGGAGUCGACAUGAAUGCCAUGUCAGACAUGCAAUGUAAAUUCCGCGAUAUAGGAAGAGAAUUCUUCGGUCCUGGUUUGAAGCAGAUAAUAAAAAACAGACUUCGUGAGAAUUUUCCAAUAGUGUACACUUUUCUGGGUUAUAUACUGCCACGAGACGAAACCACUAUUUUCUUCACAAACGCUGUCUUGGAUAUGAUAAAGCACAGAAGGAAGAACAAGAUCGUUAGGAUGGACUUCAUUAACACUCUUAUGGAUCUGCAGGAUCAUCCUGAGAAGUUGAGCAUAAAAUUAACCGACCCUUUGCUAGUUGCACAAGCAUUCCUUUUCUUCGUGGCUGGUUUUGAAACUUCUUCGUCAACGAUGGCCAAUGCCCUUUACGAAUUGGCGCAAAAUCAAGAUGUACAGGAUAAAUUACGAGCCGAGAUCAAGGAACAUCACGAGUUGAACGAUGGAAAAUGGCAAUAUGAAAAUAUUAAGAAAAUGCCAAUCUUGGAUGCCGUGUUUAAAGAAACGUUAAGAAAAUACCCACCGGUGACCGUCAUAAUGAGAAAAAAUACGGAGGAGUAUACCUUCGAAGAUAUAAAGCUCACAAUUCCAAAGAACACCAGGAUCUUUAUUUCUGCGUAUGGUAUCCACCGCGAUCCUGAGAUUUAUCCGAAUCCUGACGCGUUCGACAUCGAUCGGUUUAAGGAGGAUGCAGUAGCGGCAAGGCAUCCGAUGCAUUAUCUACCUUUUGGCGAUGGCCCAAGGAAUUGUGUUGGUGCACGUUUUGCAAUCUUCCAGACUAAAAUUGGUCUGAUAAAAAUCCUCCGUACUUAUAAAGUUGAUGUUUGUGAACGAACACAAAUUCCCUAUAUAAACGAACCACGUACGUUCACGUUGGCACCCAAACACGGACUCGAUCUAAAAGUUACAAAAGUUGAAAGUUUUACAAUGUUUAUCAACUUGGAAACACUCUGCGGCCUCGCGUUAACUCUCAUUGUGCUCUACUACUAUUUAACGACUCGUUACAAUUUUUGGACGAGACGCGGAGUACCUGGACCGAAGCCCACGCUUCUUUUCGGCAAUAAUAUGAAGUCAAUGUUUGGAAUGGAAUCGCUUCCACAAUUGUUAACGAGAAUCUACAAUGAUUUUAAGAGCGAACCAGUGAUUGGGAUUUUUUUAAGAACAGUACCCGUUUUAAUAGUCAAAGAUCCUGAUCUCAUCAAAGACAUCCUGAUUAAAGAUUUUUCCAAAUUCGCGAAUCGAGGAUUCUUCAAAAGCGAACCGGCAGUUCCAUUGUCUAAUCAUCUGUUCGCUCUGGAAGCUAAGAGAUGGCGACCUCUGAGGACUCAACUAUCUCCAGUGUUUACCUCUGGCAAGCUUAGAGGAACCUUCUCUUUAAUUUUAGAAUGUUCUAAUCAUCUUGAAAGUUAUUUGAACGCGAUGAUAGAGAAAGGAGAUCCUAUCGAUGUGCGAGAACUUGCCGCCAGAUUCACCACUGACGUGAUCGGCAGCUGCGCCUUUGGGAUCGAGAUGAAUUCGCUCUCGGAAAACGAGAGCGAAUUCCGUCGAAUCGGUAAACAAAUUUUUUCUACCGGUUUCUGGAAAAUAUUCCGUACGAGAAUACAGCAGAUCCUGCCACCGUUGCACGUUUUUCUCGCUCGUGUGCUACCGUAUAACGAGGAAACGAAAAUGAUUAUGGGAAUCACUAGAGAGACGAUCGAAUACAGAGAGAAGAACAAGAUCGUCAGGCCUGAUUUUAUGAAUAUACUCAUGGAGCUGAAAAGGCAUCCUGAAAGGGUCGCUGAUAUUAAAUUGACGGACGAUUUGUUAGCCGCGCAAACAUUUAUUUUCUUCGCGGCUGGUUUCGAGACCUCGUCGACUACGAUCAGCAAUGCUCUAUACGAACUGGCUUUGAAUCGUGACAUUCAGAACAAAUUGCACGAAGAAAUCAAUCAGUUCGCGGCGAAAAAUAACGGAGAGUGGAAAUACGAAACUAUAAAACAAAUGCAAUACUUGGACAAAGUGUUUCAAGAGACACUAAGGAAGUAUCCAGCUUUGCCGUUUUUGAGCAGAGAGUCACUCCAAGACUACACAUUCGAAAAUACAAAAGUAACAAUUCCCAAAGGAACGUUGAUAUGGGUGCCAGUUUUUCCCAUUCACAGGGACCCAGAGAUUUAUUUAAAUCCAGAAAAAUUUGAUCCCGAAAGAUUUUCCGAGAAUAAGAUGGAAGAAAGGAAUCCUAUGUAUUACUUACCUUUUGGACAUGGACCGAGAAAUUGUGUCGGUGCACGUUUUGCAAUCUACCAAACGAAAAUUGGAUUAAUAAAAAUCCUACAUAAAAACAAGGUCGACGUUUGCUCCAAAACGCCAAUUCCUUAUAAAUAUAAUCCACUUUCAUUCAUUCUGGCACCUACAACCGGUUUGUACUUGACGAUAACCAGGCUAGAGGACUAACCCAAUUUCGACAUUCAUUUGGCACAAAUAAAAUUAUUUAUUAGCGUAUA